AGAAGGAAGAAGGAAGAAGAAAAAUCAGCAAACAAGAUUUCAUUUGAGAGCGAGAAAUUAACCACCAUGGCUGAUCCAGCAACUCUAAUCAGUGGUUUGCUUUCAAAUUUCGCACCUCUGAUUGAUGAUCUGAUUAAGGAUGAAUUCUCGUUGUUUUGGAAUUUUAAGAAGGAUCUUGAAAACCUAUCCAAAACGCUAUCUGCAAUUGAUGCCGCACUUGAGGAUGCUGAGAUAAAGAACGUGUGGAAGAAGGACAGACAAACCGAAGGUUGGUUGCGGGAACUCAAAGAUGUGGCAUACGAGGUUCGAGACAUCAUGGAUGAGUGCACCUUUGAAGAUCUUCGUCUUCAAGUCAAAAGGCGUAAUGCCUCCUCUUCAAUCCGGAAAAAGGUAACCAACUUUAUCACCCUUCCUCUUAGCAACACUUGGUCACGUCAUGAAAUAGGUUCCAAAAUUAAGGAUGUCCAAGAGAAACUGGAACAGAUUUAUUCACGGCGCAACAAUUUACAAUUGCGUGAACCUAUUCAUGACUCGAAAAUAAUAGACAAGUUUACUAGUAGUUGGCGUGAAACUGUGUCUUUUUCUAGUAGUCCAGUAUAUGGGAGAAAUAAAGAGAAGAAACAGAUUAUUGAUAUUCUACUCAAUAAUAGUGUUGCUACAGAACAAUUAUCUGUUCUGCCUAUUGUUGGGAUUGGGGGUCUUGGUAAAACAACACUUGCCCAAAUGGUCUUCAAUGACCAUGAGGUUUCAAAGCAUUUUGAUCCCAAAUUCUGGGUUUGUGUUUCUAAUGAAUUUGAUAUUAAGUUGGUGAUCAAAUCCAUUUUAGAAGAAAAGUCAGAAGCUUCUUUGGAAGAAUUGCAGAAAAAAGUUAAAGAUAAAUUGACAGGGAAAAGAUAUUUGAUUGUAUUGGAUGAUGUUUGGAAUGAAAAUAAAGAUGAAUGGAAUCGGUUGAGAUCUAUAUUAGACUAUGGAGCAAAUGGCGCGUUCCUCUUUGUCACGACACGUAAAAGAAGAGUGGCAGAAAUAAUGAAAACUAUUCCACAUUUUGAUUUACCGUCACUCUCUAACGAUAAUUGUUGGCUCUUAUUUAAAGAACGUGCAUUUGACCAUGGAAAAGCAAAACAUCCCAAUUUCAUUAAUAUUGGCAAACAAAUAGCUAGAAGAUGUAAAGGUAUUCCUUUAGUUGCCAAGACAUUGGGAAGUCAACUGGGAUUUUGUGAUGACGAAAAAGAAUGGCAUAGAAUAAAAGAUAGUGAGAUAUGGGAGAUAUCCGAAAAUGAAGAAGAUCUCUUGCAUAUUCUAAAGUUGAGUUAUUAUGACCUCUCUUAUCAAUUGAGAAGAUGCUUUGCGUUUUGUGCUAUAUUUCCAAAGGAUACUAUAAUUGAAAAGGAGAAAUUAAUUCAAUUGUGGAUGGCUCAUGGUUUAAUUUCUCAUGUUCAAAAGCAAGAAGUUGAAGAUGUUGGGAAUAGAAUUUGGAAGGAGUUGUGUUGGAGAUCAUUUUUUCAAGAUGAGAAAGUGAACAAAUAUGGGAAUGGUAGAGUUGAUACAACAUGUAUGAUGCACGAUCUUAUGCAUGAUCUUUCGCAAUCUGUUAUGAACGAUGAAUGUUAUACAAUGAAUGUUAAGAGAUUAAUUAAUGGUUUAGGACGUGAAGUUCGGCAUGUUACAAUAAUGGUUAAACAGUUAGACCAAACAUCACUUUGUUCUCUUAAAGAAAUUGGAAGGUUGCAGUCAAUAAUGCUCUAUGGCGAUGAUGAUGAUGAUGGAAAUGUCACAAAGGAGAUUUUGAGUGGCUUGAAGAAAUAUUUCCCGUCUUUACGUAUCCUUGAAAUAAGACGCCAUGUGCAAUGUCAAGAUUUGAUUCAUCUGAGACGUCUGAAACAUCUUAGAUACUUGGACAUUUCCAAGAGUAAGAUAAUAACAUUGCCCGAGAGUAUUUGCGAACUCUUCAACUUACAGACUCUGAAACUCAAUGAAUGUUCUAAGCUUAAAAGUUUGCCUAGAAAUAUUUGGAACCUUAUUAGCCUGAGGUAUCUUUAUUUGGAGCGUUGUGAUGAAUUAAUAUAUAUGCCUAGAGGGAUGGGGGAAUUGAAACAUCUCAAGACGUUAAGCUUGUUUGUAAUAGGCAGAAAUGAAAUAGACAGCCAACUAGACGAAUUAAAAGAAUUGCAUAUAUGUGGAUCUUUGAAAAUUGUGAACCUGGGAAGAGUUAGUGAUGCAUCUAUUGCAAGAGGGAUAAGUAUGGCUAAAAAGUCUAGUAUCACUAACUUGGAGUUGGAUUGGGGUUAUACAUAUGAUGAUGACGCUGAUGACGCUGAUGGACAUGAUAAAAUAAGUAAAGCUCUAGAGGUUUCAACUAUGAGGCUGGAGAAAUUGAGAAUGAAAGGUUACAAAGGUGUGAAUCUCCUUAAAUGGGUGGGAAAGUCAUCUCCUUCUAUUGGUAGUAGCAGCAGCAGCAGCAAUGAUAGUGAAAUGAUGAUAGUUCUAUUCCCUUUGUUAGAGGAAUUGGAGAUUUAUGAGAUGAAGAAUUUGAGGGAAUUGGUGUCUCCUACUACUAUUCCUAGUAUUGAAGCAUUCCCUAAUCUAUGCAAGCUGAAGAUAGAUAAAUGCCCAAAGCUAGGGGCCUUGCCAUUAUCGCAUCUCAAAGCACUCAAAGACGUAACGGUUGAAGGUGAAUGUUCGAAUGAGUUGUUAUAUAGCAUCUCAAAUCUUAGUACUCUCACUCAUCUCCGCAUUGGAAUGAAUGAAAGAAGUGUUUUAUUUGGAGCUGUUUAUAUGGCAUUAAUGUUUGGGGACAAUAAUAAGAAUAAUAAUAAUGAAGCACAAUUAGGAAGAGGAGGAGUACGCUCAACUUUUCAAUCUCUUCAAUAUCUGACUAUUGAGAACUGCAAGAAGUUAAGGCGUUUGUUUGAUGAGGAAAUGAUAAUGAAAGAAGAGACAUUAAAUAUUAGUGCCUGCCAGAACCAACAAAACCAUCAUCUUCAAGGACAAACAGAGAGAACAAGAACUGCCUGCAGGAACCUUUUGAACUCUCUCAUGAAAUUGUAUAUUGUGAGAUGCCCUGAGUUGAUGAUAUCAGUUGAGGAAUUUGGAAACCUCAAAAUUAUUAAUUCACGACAGAGAUUGUGUAUCAUAGAUUGUCCUAAGUUGGUGUCUUCUGAAGAAGCGACCGAUAAUAUACGUUCCCGACUUGAUCCUAUCAACUUCAGAGCAUAGUGACCCCAUAAGCAAAUUUGGAGGAAAAUUCUGUCAGGCACAUCUUCUGCUUCUAGAAAGAAAGUGGGGAACUUAUAAACUUAACCGCCAAAUGGCAGCAGACCCUUCAAGGCAAGACAAAUGUUCUGUAAAAGUAUUUGAUCUAUUUUUCUUUGCAGCUUUAAUUGUAUUUCAUUUUUAUUCUUACAUAUUUUAUUUCAUACAUCUAUAGUUAGUUAUAUCGAUCUAUCAGUUGAUCCGAAAAUGUAUAAUAUUCUUGCUCAGCAUGUAAAUGAAUUGGCUUU